GGUAGGGAGAAGCGAGCGAUGGUCAGGCUGAUGAUUGACGGCGGAAGUCAGCGUACCUUUGUCAAGAAAGAGGUUUCACAGAAGAUGGGACUGCGUGUGAUGGGAGAGGAGACCCUGAAAAUAAUGACAUUUGGAAACGACAAGCCGUCUUCAGGAAUGAAGUGCCGCCAAGUGGAGUUAUGGCUGUGCAGUCGACACAGCGGAAAAAAGAUCCGCGUUGAAGCGCUCGAGAUCCCACAAAUCUGCUGCGACAUCGUGCCAGCACCUGAAGCUUCCACCGUCAACUACCUCGAAGAGCAAGGCCUCGAACUCGCCGACAGUACGCAAGAUGGAGCAGAGAUAGGGCUGCUGCUGGGAUCCGAUUACUACUGGGAGGUCACAACCGGUGGUGUCAGGCGCCUGGACAGCGGUCUCGUAGCCGUGGAGACCAUUUUUGGCUGGACCCUGCAGGGGACAACGCACACCACAGAAUCAACAGCAACGUACGUGUCCACUGUGGGAGUGUUGCGCGUGGCUGUCAUCGGCGAGGAAGACCAAGACGACACUGCUGCUCAACUUAAAUCGUUUUGGCAGCUCGAACACAUUGGCAUUGUCGACGAAGGAGAGGCCGACGUGGAAGACAACCAAGUUUUGCGGGAAUUUCGGGAGAACGUCUCCAGGAACAACUGCCGAUAUCAAGUUUCCCUUCCCUGGAAAGAGAAUGCUGCCGAUUUGGCAGACAACAAAGCCACGGCUUUCAGUAGACUCAGGUCGUUGACGACAAAAUUGAUGGGCAACAAUGACCUUAUGCGCGAUUAUGACCAGGCGGUUCGGAACUAUGUGCUUGCUGGACACGCAGAAGAGGUCAUCGGACUGGGUGAGUCCCCAAGAGGGCCCGUUUAUUACAUGCCUCACCGCGGCGUGGCCCGUCCAUGCAGUCAGACCACAAGAUUAAGGGUCGUCUUUGAUGCAUCAUCUAAAGCGCCGGGGAAACUGUCUCUAAAUGACGUCCUGUUCGCCGGACCUAAUCUGAACCCAAAUCUGUCGGAUAUUUUAACUCGAUUUCGAGUACACAAUGUGGCGAUCAUGUCGGACAUCGAGAAGGCAUUCUUGCAGAUUGAGCUUAAAAGGGAUGACCGGGACGCCCUUCGUUUCCUCUGGUAUGAAAGUACUCCAAAACAGGGACGAGCUCUCCCUCCAAUCAGAGAGUACCGGAUGACGAGGGUCCCGUUCGGCGCAACAUCCAGUCCGUUCCUUCUCGCCGCGACACUAAAGCACCAUCUAGAGUACACAAAGGAUAGUUUUCCGGAGACAACAAGCAUGCUAAACAACGACGUGUAUGUGGAUGACUUGGUCACAGGUGCCAAUACUCUAGAGGACGCUAUGCGCAUAUGCAAAGAGGCGGAACAUAUUCUUCAGAUGGCAGGCAUGAAUUUGAGAAAAUGGAAGUCCAAUGACCCAAACCUUGCAGCAAAAUGGUCAGAAGAGUCAGGAGACGAACACGGAAUUUCAGCACAUAUCGUAACUAAGAUCCUUGGCGUUGAGUGGAGACCGACUACCGAUGAAUUCACGUUUGAAAUGAGUUCCCUGAUUGACUUUUUAAAACAGCGUCAGGACACAAAAAGAUUCCUUCUACAAGCGACGGCUCGCAUAUUUGAUCCAUUUGGAUUCCUUGCGCCCAUCACUAUCACGACUAAGAUUUCUCUGCCGGACCGAAAGCUGCUGAGACCACCGGUCCAAGCCCUCUACCCGCUUGAACUAGGGGAGGAAUGAGCCGACGCUCAUUGCGGGGGAGGUUGUUGAGAAUUGGUAGCGACCGUCGCGCGUUUCCUGCAACCGUGGUUGGGGGCCCGGCGACGCACCAAGAGGGAGCCGGCGAACGGACGAGGGGGCGCCCCGCUGGGCUGGUGUCCCGACCGGCGCCUCGACCCGCAACCUGAUCCGUGCCCCGUGUUUUCGGCGGACCGCCUGCUGGGCGCGAAUGGCCGGCGAUUCCGAGAAGGACGAAGGCGUCGGUGCGGCCAACGGACAACUCGAAUUUUGUAUUUUCUUUUCUCUUCCUUUUCUAGUCACUGCGAUGUCUUUUGUAAAAUAAACGUUCAGUCUUGAAGCGAACCCCGACGAGUGAGAAUCGUUCCUUCGAGGCUCCUGCGUGCGCGGCCGCUAUACGCCGCCGCCCGAGAGAGUCUCACGCAGCAGUUUUGUUGUAGUCGCACUCGCGAAGUGACCUCCACAGAGCGUUGGUCGUAGCCUUUAA